AUGGCUUCCUCUGCAAAGAUGCCAUUAAUACUCAUCCUCGCCUGCUUCCUCUUCCUCCGAGGAGCCAUGGCGGACCUGAUCUGCGAGAGCUUACCGGCGAACCUGUGCUCGUUCGCGGUCUCUUCUUCCGGCAAGAGGUGCGCCCUGGAGAACCGCGUGAGGGAGGAAGGGAGCGUGGACUACACGUGCACGACGUCGGAGGUGGUAGUGGAGAGUAUGCCAGGGUACGUCGAGACCGACGCGUGCGUGGCCGCUUGCGGCGUCGACCGCCAGGUCGUCGGGAUCUCGUCCGACGCGUUUCUCUCCGACGGAUUCACGGCGCGGCUAUGCUCGCCGGAAUGCUAUCGGAGCUGCCCAAAUAUUGUCGACUUGUAUUUCAACCUCGCCGCCGGCGAAGGCGUCUAUUUGCCGACUCUAUGUGAGAAGCAAAAGUCAAACCCCCGCCGUGCCAUGUCAGAGCUUUUUAUCAGCAGCGGCGGCGUAGCCGCCGCAGGUCCGGCGGGCCAGCCCAAUUUCGCUGUUGAAGAUGCACUUGCUCCGGCGCCAGCUGUCCACUAA